CGGCUUCAGAGCACGUGACCUAUUUCUCGAGGUGUUUUCUGCUACGUCCGUUUGAGUGUAAAUAUAUGCUUCUACCUCGAUUCAGAAAUCAUUUGGUUUUUCACACUCGCAAGAAAUAAUCAUGUCUGGACGUGGUAAAGGAGGAAAAGGAUUGGGAAAAGGAGGCGCCAAGCGUCACAGGAAGGUGUUGAGAGAUAACAUCCAGGGUAUCACCAAGCCCGCUAUCCGUCGUCUUGCCCGUCGAGGUGGUGUCAAACGUAUCUCUGGCCUGAUCUACGAAGAGACCCGUGGUGUAUUGAAGGUAUUUCUGGAGAAUGUCAUCCGUGAUGCCGUCACCUACACCGAGCAUGCCAAGAGGAAGACUGUCACCGCUAUGGAUGUCGUCUAUGCCCUGAAGAGACAAGGCAGAACUCUGUACGGAUUCGGAGGUUAAGCUAAGAACCUUGAGCUUCUUUGAAACAUACCGGCCCUUUUCAGGGCCACCCACUUUUUAAUUUAAGUCAACUCUUCUAAAUCGCG